AUGGCAUUCUCUGAAGCAGAAGUGCAGAGGGCUCGUGGGGCCUGGGAGAAGAUGUAUGCCAAUGCUGAAGACAAUGGGACAACUGUCCUGGUCAGAAUGUUUACAGAACACCCAGACACCAAGUCCUACUUCACCCACUUUAAAGGGAUGGGCACAGCCGAAGAGAUGGAACAGUCAGAUCAGGUCAGGAGUCAUGGCAAGAGGGUCCUCACGACCAUCAAUGACUUGGUCCAACACCUCGACAGCACUGAUGCUUUUCUUGGGAUAGUGAACCCACUGGGCAAGAAACAUGCAAUGCAGCUCAAGGUUGACCCCAAGAACUUUAGGAUAAUCUGUGACAUUAUCUUGCAACUGAUGGAGGAGAAAUAUGGUGGAGACUGCAAGGCUUCUUUUGAGAAGGUGACCAACGAAAUCUGCACUCGCCUGAACAAUGCCUACAAAGAAGCUGGCUGGUGAGGAAGUGCCAUCUCUGGGCUCCUAAAACAUCUCACCAGCACCAAGACCCAGCACUGAAUCACUGACUUUGAACUUCCAGCCACAAUUGAAAGUGAAGAAAAAAGAGGAAAAGCUAACAACAUGA